AUGCCUAGGAGCUUACAGCCACUGGAUGUGGGAAUUCAGAUCCCCUAUCAUUUCAGAUGUCCGGUUUCUCUUGAGCUCAUGAGGGAUCCGGUCACCGUCGAAACCGGUCAGACAUACGACCGUUCAAGCAUAGAGUCAUGGGUAGCUACCGGAAACACCACUUGCCCUGUCACUCGCCUCCCUCUCACCGAUUUCACGCUCAUUCCUAACCACACCCUCCGCCGUCUAAUCCAGGAGUGGUGUGUCGCAAAUCGGUCCUAUGGUGUGGAAAGGAUUCCUACACCCAAGCAACCGGCUGAUCCAAUCAUGGUUCAGUCAUUGCUUAAACAGACGUCGUCUGUGUCUAAUACAAGGCGUGCUAGGCUCGCUGCCCUUCGUCGCCUUCGUGGCCUUGCGCGUGACUCGGAGAACAAUCGAUUGGUUAUCUCAACGCACAAAGCGUGUGAGAUUUUACUAGAAGUGUUGUUUUCCGAAACGAAUCGCAACUCAUCCGAGUUGAUACACGAGUCGCUUGCGGUUCUAUCGAUGCUCGCGCUUUCCGAGACGGAAUGCCUUGUGGUGUCUACGGAUCCGGACCGAGUUGCGUAUCUGAUUUCUCUUUUGUCGCAUUCCUCGAUUGACGUCCGAGUCAACACCGCCGCGUUGCUUGAGAACGUUGUCGCCGGGACUAGAUCGCAAGAACUCCGCGCAGAAAUCAGCAGUCACGAUGAGAUAUUCGACGGAAUAAUCGGUAUUCUCGACUAUCCUUUCUCGUAUCCACGGGCCUUGAAAGUCGGAGUCAAGGCGUUGUUUGCUUUUUGCAUGGUAAAAGAACACCGCCACAAGGCGGUGGAGGCAGGAGCAGUGGAGGCGCUCAUUGACAGGCUUCCCGAUUUUGAGAAAUGCGACGCUGAGAGAGCACUCGCGACGGUAGAGCUAUUAUGCCGAAUACCGUCAGGUUGCUUAGCGUUCUCGUCUCACGCUCUCACAGUCCCGCUACUGGUAAAAGUCAUCCUGAAGAUCUCGGACCGAGCGACGGAGUACGCCGCCGGAGCACUACUCUCGCUAUGUUCCGCCUCCGAACGGUUGCAAGGGGAGGCGGUGGCAGCCGGAGUUUUGACGCAACUGUUGUUGCUUGUACAAAGCGACUGUACAGAGCGAGCCAAGCGAAAAGCGCAAAUGCUUUUGAAACUUCUACGGGAUUCGUGGCCGGAAAACUCGAUCAUGAAUUCGGAUGAUUUCGCCUGCAGCGACGUCGUUCUGUUUUAAACUUUUUUUCCCCUAGAAUUUUAGUUUAUUUUAUUUUGACCAUUUU